AUGCCAGGAGCCAAUGAUCCAACAAAUACAACUUUUCCACAACAACCAAUUCAAGUCAAUUUAUUCACAAAAGCUCAUCAAAACUCAAAUUUUAAUUGCACAUCAGGUCAAACAAUCGAUGAUAUUUUUAGAUAUGUAGAAUGUGAUGAUAGACUUUUAUUUGCUGAGAAAACUUUAUAUUGGAGACAUAUUGCACCAACUGCACCUGAUACUCUAUUUUGUUAUCCAUUCCAAGAUGAAGAUCCUUUAAUAAUAAACCAAACACCCCAUGUUUACUUUAUUGGAAAUCAAAAAGAAUUUAAAACCUGUUUAUUAAAAGAAUGGCUCCGUAUUGUAGGAUUGGUCAAGAAUUCGUCUGCACCAACAAUAUUACCUGAGAAUCCUAACUGA